AUGUUGUCGCCCGCGCGGAAGGAGCACGGCGAGCGCUCCCCGCCGCCCUCGUCCGAGAAAAGCCAGCGGUCGCCGGCCGCGCGGGAGCCCGGAGGCGGCGCCUCGGCCAUGGAGGAGAGCGGCGCUAGUGGAGGCGGCAGCGCUAGUGGAGGCGGCAGCGCUAGUGGAGGCGGCAGCGGCGGGUUCCGCUACUCGGCCGAGUGCCUGGACGAGCCGCCCAACAGCCGCGUGUUCGUGGUGCUGGGCAAGGACACGGGCGAGGCGCUGCUGCGCGAGAGCUUCUCCCCCUUUGGCGACAUCCAGAACAUCUGGCUCCUGCGCGACAGGCGCACCAACGAGUCCCGCGGCAUCGCCUUCAUCAAGUUCGCGCGCAGCUCGCAGGCCUGCCGCGCCAUGGAGGCCAUGCACGGCCGCAGCCUGGCGCCCGACACCAAGCCCAUCAAGGUGUUUAUUGCACAAUCAAGAGCUUCUGGAAGCCACCGAGAUGUUGAAGAUGAAGAGCUUACAAGAAUCUUUGUUAUGAUACCAAAAACCUAUACAGAGGAAGAUCUCCGGGAGAAAUUUAAGAUGUAUGGAGACAUUGAAUAUUGCAGCAUUAUUAAGAACAGGACCACUGGAGAAAGUAAAGGUUUGGGCUAUGUGAGAUACUUAAAACCAUCCCAUGCUGCCCGAGCAAUUGAGGAGUGUGAUCGAAGCUUCCGGGCCAUUUUGGCUGAACCUAAAAAUAAGUCAUCAGAGUCCUUUGAACAUGAAUAUUAUAGUAACAGUAAUCAUACAAGGCAAGAACCAAGAGGAAAUAUGUUUCCAUUUAGUGGGCAACCAGAGUUUUGUUGCUUUGAAAAAAAUGAGAGCAGAAUUCAGGAGUCGGUCUCCAAGCGUCUGUCAGUGGUAUCACGGCUUCCUUUUGUCCAAGAGCAACUGUCUGCCCUGUUUGAUCUCAUCCCAGGACUGGAGUACUGUGAUAUUCAGAGAGAUCCACAUACAAAUAAUGGGUAUGCUGUGAUUCAGUAUAGUAGUGCUGCAUCAGCUAUAUAUGCCAAACAUAAAUUACAUGGUUUUGAGUACCCUCCUGGAAAUAGACUAAUUGUCACUUUCUUAGAAGAUGGGUGCGAUAGCUCAGACCUCAUUAGAAGAAUGGCAACAGAGCUGGUAACAGCACACAUGUCAUCAUUGUUGUGGAAUAAUAAUUUUGCUUCUCAGCAGUGUAGGACACCUCCUCAGGCCUUUGGGGGAACAUCUAGCUCACAGUUAAUUCAUCCCCAAACAGAUGCCAUACUUCCACCACACAAAAAAAAGGUUCCUCCUGAUACUUCUGUGAAAGAAAGGCUUUUCAUACUAUUUAAUCCCCAUCCUUUACCCAUAAGUGUAUUGGAGGAUGUAUUCUGUCGCUUUGGACACCUGAUAAAAGUUUACCUUGUGGCUGGAAAAAAUGUGGCAUAUGCAAAAUUUGCAGACAGAGGAAGUGCCAGUGAUGCCAUAACUGCAUUACAUGGAAAGAUUGUAAAUGGUGUCAGGCUUAAAGUAAGGUUAGCAGACUCUCCUACAGAAGAACCUAACAAACGUCAGAGAACUUACUAAGUGGAAACUAAAUAAUGACAUGACCCUCAGCUAGCUGACUGACUGACUGAGAAACGUGACUAGACAUGGUUCCUGUGGACAGUGACUGCUUUUUACUGUUACAUAGAUGAUCUUAUAUACGGUAUUAUCUGUUUCAAAAAUGGGAACAUGUAGUUUUAAAAUUACACAGCCAUUUGAAAUUGUAAACUGGUGGUUCUUUGAAUAGUCUAGUAAUAUUUUGCUGAUUUAGAUGAAAAAUCUGCUUUAUAUACUGUUUAGUGCAAAGGACGUUUGACUGAGUCAGAUGACUGAGCUACUGAAGCUUCUGCAUGCUUUUCUGAAGCCUUUUGAUUGUAACUGUGCGGGAAUGUAUAGAGCUUGGGGAUUGGGCUAGAGGACUUUUGUGGGUGUAAGAAGCUUUCUGUGAAUAUGCUGUUUGAAUAACAAUUGGGUAAUUCAGUAUUUCAGCAAGACCAUUGGUAAAGAGUAAACUAAAAUAAUUUGAAAUAUUUGCAUAGAUAACUUGCUAACAUAGCAGAUACCUUGAUAGCAUAGAUAAUUUGCAUAGAUAACAAGCUGAUAUAAAAUACCUGCUUUUCUGUGUAUCUUGGAAUGCUGCUUGAGUUAAAAAUACCCUGGUUAUUAAAAGAUAAAACCACUGGGCUAAGAAGUGAUUUUUCUAUUAGAGCACUACAUCUAGAUUUGWAGCUGUAUAUGUGCACAUGCUUUGUUUCUGUUCCCUGUGUGCGUGCAGAACACUGAAAUUCUACUCUUUGGUAAAUUCUAAUUGCAUGUAUCCUGGGGGACCAGUGUACUCUGCACCUCCCUUUCCAGUGAUCCCAGUGCAACUCCCUGCUACUGGAACAUCCCUAGGGCAUCUUCAGGACUGUUUACUUUCACAGAAAUCUCAGGCAUACAGGGAAAUAAUGAUGUGAAUUCAAGUCUUAUUCCCUUAGUUACUGGCAUGCAGGAUAGUCAAMUGACAGCUACUGUGUGCAAUUUCAGUGAGAUGUUUCUCCCAAGAGGGAGUUGGUGUUGCAGGCACAAAAGGGUAAAAGUGGCAGAAACUUAGUUGAAUAAGAUUGCACAGCCUAAUGUGCAGAUAUUAGGAAUCUUUAAAAUAGCAGUUGCCUAAGAAACCUUAUUUUGCUCAUAUCUCUUCUAAUAUCUAUUUUGGUGCAGUCCUUCAUGAGUCACCCAGUUUUGUGCCCUCCCAGAGAACAGUUGCUUCGUUCAGCAUAAAUGAUGAAACUGAAUCAGCUACAUGGUUAACAAUGUCUGUAAAAAUAUUUGCUUAAUUUGUUAUAGAUGUCAGAAUUUGUAUAGUGGACAAAACAUUUACGAUUAAACUUGGAGAACUGGAUCUGAUCUCUCACACAGACACAGAGAUGAUCUGUGCCAAGGGCUGCCAUUUCUCUGGGCYUCUGGGAAGGUAUAUUUUUUUUCUCACCAUUCCUCAUCACAUCUUUUUGGAGUAGAAUUUGGAGUUUUCUUUUACAUUUUUUUUUCAAGGAARUAGUUCUGACCAGGCUGCUUUGCAUCUGUUUACUGGUCUUUACAUUGGCAAGUCAAAACUGUCUACAGGCAGAAGGAAUAUUAGAUUUCUCUGAAAACUGUAGCACAUAUAUUCUAGUUGGCUCAUACUUAGAAAACUGGCCAUAAUUAUGUAGAUUUUUUGUUUAUGGUUUCCUAGUAAUAAUGAUGUAAAGUUGGUAACUAAAAUUCAGUAUGUUUCUCUGACUUGUGUUUUUGCUCUUGUUCAUCAGC